GUUGGAGUGUUAUACUCCUCUCCAUUUUAGUUUAUGUUCUGCUCUUCAUCUUCCUCCCGAUUUUCUCUCCAUUUCUUUUUUGAAAAAAUCAACAGCCCUGAGUUAAUGCCAUAGAGAAAGGUGGUCCUGAGUGGCCCAAGAUUUCUAACAUUAUAAGAGUCAGAAUGAACUGACACUGGAGACGAGCUUCCAACAAGGUUAUGUUACUAGACUGUCAGUUGUUUAUUUAUUUAUUUAUAAGAAUGCAAGGUGCUGAUUCAGGUUUUGUCAGGUGAUAUGGAUCUAGAAGAGAGUGUAUACAUGUAUUUCUGUAUGUGUGUAAGGAAUUGGCAGGGGGAAACACCUACGACCUCCUCCACAAAAUUGACAACAACAAUUAGUAAAUGGAAGAGCAGAAAGUUGUUCUCACCAAUGGAAAGAACUAUUCUGUAUGUUAUUGAAGAUGCUCAACUUGAGUCAGCUUAGAGGACAUCUCUAAUUCCUUUAGCAGGCAAGCUUGGAUGAAAAUGAA